AUGGAACUCGCAUCACGACAAGGGGAUUUCAACAAGAAAUUCGUCGUCGGAUGGGACACAUGCAUCAAGAAAAAUGGCAGCGGGCCCUUCAAGUCCCUUGAAAAGGGAUAUAGGCCAUCCUUGCCCCGGUUCGACGCGAGAAUCCUACACCUUCCUGUGCUCUGGGAUACGUACCACGCCAGGCUUACGGGCGAGGGAAUGACCUUCUGGGUCUACAUGGUGCGCAAGGCAACUAAACGCCGCGUGAGCGAUACGCAAGGUUCGUCCUACGAUGAAAAGAACGUCGGAAACGCCUUAGGUCCCUGGUCAAAUGACGAGAUUGAGAGGGAGUUGCAGGAUUGGAACGACGACGUUGUUUCCCAGGCCAUGUGGGGCGAAACCUGGGUUGACUACAAUUCAUUCAAGGUGCUGUAG